CGCCGCGCUCCGUCAGCGACAGGUGGCGCCGACGCCCGCCGCUCGCCGCCUGCGCGCUCCACCCGACGCCAUACACGGCCGGCAACAUCCAACUUUCAUAAACCGGUUGUUUCAUAAAUCCCUGUGAGGUGCUCGUUUGUUUUCGAGAUGAGGAUCACCAGUUGAUCGCAGUGCGAGCGGACCCCGAAAUGCUGACCGGCGGAUUUGGAUUUUGAACUGUCACCGGUCGUUGGAAACUGUCGCGGUAGGCGGUACGACGAGAGUGGCGUGUCGCGGCAUGUGGCGCCGAUGACGCGGCGCGCGCCGCGCGACAUGCCCUGCUGACAUGGCUCGCAGCCGCUCCGCCCUCCUUUCGUUGGCAGCUCUCGCAGCACUCGCCGGGUGUUGUGUGUGCGCGCCGCAAGGCAGUGUGCAGGGCGGCGUGCAGGGCGGCGCACAGGUGCCCCCAGGCGUGCCGCACACCACCGCGCCCCCUACCGGCGUCGGCGGCGUCCGAAGAUUCAGUCAGUAUUCCAGAGGGCGCGGCUACCGAGACUGGCGCACCCGCGGGGAUCCGACGCUUAUCAAUUCACUCUGGCGCAGCCGGCAGCCUCUCGGCAUUCGCAAACAGCUUGGAAACGCCGAGGUGUACAUAGUACUGGCGCUGCUGAUCGGUUUCGUGACGGUGGUGGUGGGGUGCUGGCUGUCGGACAACUGCUGGUCGCCGGAGCCGGAGGACGCGCUGGCGGGCGGGUGA